AAGAGAGCUGGUGGAGUCUGGAGACUGGCUGUCUUUCCAGGUUGUGAGCAGCUGAUACCCGCCCGGCCGAAGCUGGGCUGCCUUCCCUUCUGGGUUGAGAGGUGCCGGAGGUGCAAAGCUCGGUCCCCUCAUCCCUGGUCACCUUCCCAAGGCCACAGUGCAGAGACCGGCUGCCACCCCCAGGGCCCCUUGCCACUACUAUCAGCAUGGCUGAGGCCCCUGCUGAGCCCAGCGCAGGAGGCCAGCUGGAGCAGAAGAUCCUGCAGGCGCUGAGGAAGGCCAGCUCCACCGUGCGCACGCCGCAGCUCGUGAAGGAAUGCCAAGUGCCCAAGCAGGAGCUCAACCGUGUCCUCUACCAAAUGCAGAAGGAGUCGAAAGUCUCUCUUGUGGCCCCUGCCACCUGGUGCUUGGGCGGGGGUGACCCUCAUGGCCUGGUUCCCGCAGAGCCAGCCCAGCCCAGCAUAGCCCAGAGGCCCCAGCAGGCCCCAGCUGCAGCCUCAGAGAGUCCUGGCCCGCGGCUCAGCAACCUCCAGGAAAGGAUCUACAGGUUCCUGGAAGCCAGCGGGCCCUGCAGGGCCCUGCACAUCGCCAAGGCCCUGGGCAUGAGGACGGCCAAGGACGUGAACCCGGACUUGUACAAGAUGGGCAGCAGUCACCUUCUGAGCUGCGACGAGAAGUCCAAGGAGUGGAAGGUCUCUGGAGCAGAUUCUGGAAGGAGACAUCUCAAAGUCCAGCCAGCCACAAUUAUCUACCAGCAGAAUCCAAUCAACAUGGUCUAUCAGAGCCAAAUUUCUAUUGCAAACUCCGAAGCCACGCAGAUCGGACAUGGGAAUGUCAUAGUGCGAGGAGGGGAGAAUGGUGCUGCAACCCCUCACCCCUCACCAGUGGCACGGGGUAACUCCUGGGGACCCCAGAACAUCCACAUGGAGCACUCCCUGCUCCGAAGGGUGCAGAUGGGGCACGGCAAUGAGAUGGAGCUUCUCAGUGUCCCAUCUGAAGGCCCAGCCUACAGCCUCUCUGGCAGCCCUCCAGUCUCGCCUACCGUUGCUGCUGGCAGUGCAGAUGCUUCCUUUGAAGUCCGAAUGCCAAAGCCAGGCCCUGACCCUGAGGGGGACAUGGUCCAGAGAAUUCGCAUCAAAUCCUGCCACCUUGAGGAUGCGGCCAUCGGCAACAGUAACAAGAUGACCGUCACUCCGGGCACCGCCAGCCGCGGUCGGGCUGCAGGACCCAGAGAAGACGGCGGGAGGGAGCCUGAGCCAGGGCAGCAGCAGGGAGAUGCAGGGGCUCCCCCUGAAGCCGCAGGAUCCAGGGGCAGUUUCCCUCCGGAACUUGGCCAGGCUCCACCUGUCCUCACUCCGCCCACCUCCGAGCUGAGUACCCUGACCCUCGAGAAACCUGAAGCGAAGGCACAGACUCUCUGAGCAGACGGACCCCGAUGGGAGGGGAGAGGGUGGGGUGAGGGUGAGGGCUGGGAGGGGCAUUCAGUGCCAUCCUCCAGCCGGACCCCAAGAGGACGUGCUAGGAGCGAACACUAGGAAUCCGAAUGUGGUGCCUCCUGCACCCCAGACUCAGCUGUGACGGCCGCUUCUCAUCACAGGGCACGUGAGUGGGCUUUGGGGCCAGGCCUGGCGCAGGGUGAGUCUGCUGGCAUGCACACAGCGAGCAGCCUUGGGGACCUGUUGGGGUGCUCAGAGGAGGUGGCGAAAGGGCUCGGCCAGCCCUGUCCACCAAGUCUCCAUUCCUUCCCGGGCGACCCAGCCAGGUCACCCUGCGCCAUGGCUGCCUGCCGUGGUCUGAACAUUCCACACUGCAACUCAGCUCCCACAGCCACAGGGCUCUCAUCGGAGGCGCCGGGCCCCAACGGCUACACCCUCAGGCACGGCCCAAGGAGAAGGCCCAAGGAAGUGUCUCAGUCCCUUUCUCGGGUAAAGCAACAAGGCGCCAUCUUUGACACUGAAUCUCCCGGUGCCUUCACCUUGGCCUUUCCGGCCCCUAAACUGUGAGAAAAUUAUAAAUUGCCCAGCCUGAGGGGUUUUGCUACAGCGGCCUCAGUGACCAAGACAAUGAUCAGCUGUCUCUUUCCCUCAAGACCUGACUUCCUUGAAGCCCACUAUAGCCUCCUGACCUUUCUAGAAUGUUCUCUCCUCAGCCUGGCUCUCUCAGGUUUCAUAGCUGAACUUCCAGGAAGCAAAUUCCUCCUACCCUCCACACGCACACCUCACUCCCACCACCUCCUCCCCACCCCCACUCUGUGAAGGUCAGGGCUCAGGUGACUUCCCCUGGCCAGUCUGCAGGGAAGGCUGUUAUACCGCAGGUAUGGCCCCCCUGCUGGAGGCUGAUUUUCCUUACAAGUGGUGUGGAUACUGAGUCAUUUCAUGAGCCAAGAGGCGGGCUGGGGACAGGGCAGGGAUACUUGAGGGGGGGCGACUGGAAGAAAAUAAAAGGUACGGGAAGGUAGUAGUCUGCCUGGC